AUGGUCAUACAUAACUCUAGUCCUGGUAUGAAAGGAAAUAUUCGGUUAUUCUGGAACAAAGGUAUACAACAGCCUCAAGUUAUUUCAGUUUCUAGUCAGAUGUUAACUGUAAGUGUUGGUGAUGUGUUGGUGUCUGGUGUUCAUACACAUGUCAAAGUUAUUCAGAGAAGGUUUUUGUGGUCAGAAAUGAAGAUUAUAAGUGAUCUUAAUAAACCAUGGAUUAUUUUAGGUGAUUUUAAUGCAGUACUCACUCAAGAUGAGAAGGUGGGUGGUAAAGUACCUAACAGAAAUUCAAUAUUAGAAUUUAAUGAUUGUCUAAAUCAGUGUGAGUUAGUGCAAGCUCCCAAAACUGGAUUACAAUACUCAUGGUCUAAUUGUCAACAUGGAAGCAGGAGAAUUUUAUGCAAUUUAGACAUGGUUGUUUUUAAUCAAAAAUGGUUGCAGAUGUAUAGUGAUUGGGGGUAUAAGAUUGUCAUGAUAAUUGUCUCUGAUCAUGCACCUUUGUUAGGAGGAUGUGCUAAUAUUCCCAAACCAAAAAACACUCCAAGGAAAUUCCAAAAAAUAUGGCUCAAUCAUCCAGAAUUUAUGCAAGUUGUAUCAAAUUGUUGGUCUCAAAAUGUGGUAGGGGGUCCUGCUUUUCAGUUUCUACACAAGUUGAAGGAGUUAAAAAAGGUUCUCAACACAUGGAACUGGGAAGUCUUUGGUGAUGUUCAAGUAAAGAUUAAGGAAGCUGCAGAUAAAGUAAAUUUGGCAACUCAAAUUUCAGAUGCUAAUCCAUUUGAUGAGGAUGCUCUUGCUAAUUUAGUUCAAGAUCAAAAUGAACAUGCUAGUAGAGAAACUCAAGCCAAUACUCUAAUGAGGCAAAAAGCUAGAGUCAAGUGGAUAAAAGAAGGUUCAGCUAAUACCAAUUUUUUUCAUACUAAAAUGAAAAUAAGAAAUGCCAAAAACAUGAUUAGUGAGCUUGAAGACACUGAGGGUAAUAUAGUUGCAGAUCAAGACAAAAUAGCUGAAGCUUUGGUUGAUCACUUUCAAAAGAAGUUUGAAUUUCAGCCUAUUAGUGGAGCAGAAAAUUUGCUAGAUCUUAUACCAAAACUUAUUAUUGAAGAAGAUCAGCAAACAUUACAUAUACUUCCAGAAGAGGAGGAGAUUAAAGCUGCCAUUUUUGACAUGGAUCCAGAUAGUGCUCCUGGUCCCGAUGGUUUUUCUGGUAUCUUCUUUAGAAGUUGUUGGAACAUUAUCAAAAAUGACUUGGUAGCAACUAUCAAAUUCUGUUGGAGGAGAAGAUUUAUACCAAAAGGGAUGAACUCAAGUUUCUUAUUCUUGUUGCCUAAGACCUGA